GCGAAGUACAGUACUUUGGGUGGUGGCGCCGAGGAUCUGCAAGAGCCCUGAUCUCCAUCUUUGGUCCAUCAUUCUGGUAGUUAACGUAGCUUAAUUUAUUAGUCUUUCUACGGAGGACAUCCAAGCACAGACGCGCGACGGGAAGGAUUCCUCAAGACACUCGCAGGCUUCUCAGGAGCAUUAAACUUUAGCUACAUAUGGCCUUUGCAUAUCGAUUCGUACUAUUUUUGUGACUGCAGUUGAGCCCAACAAUAAUCAGUUCAAAAGUACAUGCCCUGGAUGGGUAUAGCACAUCAUACCAUGACCAUCGAAGACACCGCCCAUUUCUCCAGUCCCGAAAGCCCCCGUUUGCGCCCACUUGGCGACGCGUCGUGCACCAAGUUUGGUCUCCCCCCCGUGUCCCUGGGUAGUGGCGGGAGUGUGUCGACCGGCCUUCAGCGCUUAGAUGUCGCCUUGGCCCUGCCGACGGAGCCGCAACCCUCACCUUUCGGACUUGGUUUGAGCCAGCGGUGUCUCUACGAUUCCGCCGGCGGAGAUGGGCCUGCGGGGGGAGUUCAGCGCGGAGAGGUGACGGAGCUUGUGGGACCUAGAGCGUCGGGGAAGACGGUACUAGCGAUGAGUUUGGCCGCGGAGGUGUUGCGAUCGCAGCGGAGCGUUGUGUGGGUCGAUACCGCGGGCCCAAUGUGUGUCUCUCGCCUGGAGUCGUUGCUGCACGGCAAGGAGAACGUCACUGAGGACGGACCAUCCCAAGCGACGGGCAGGAAAAGCCAUCUUCUUCAAAGGCUCUUACACUUCCAUCCGCUCUCCCUGGCGCAUCUCGUGGCCCUGGUCUCCCAUCCACCCCGUGGGUUUCCGCCUGAGAACACAGGUCUGAUUGUGAUCGAUUCGAUUUCUUGCCUCUUUGCAGCUGAAUUCCGACCCAGACUCCCCAAACGACUCCGCGAGACGAAAUUAUCCCGCACGGAGCAGGCCAAGCUGGAUAAGGAGUCGAGACUGUACUUCAACCUUAUUGGAAGCCUAGUGUCUGAUCUACGAAGACUCGCCGUUCGCUUCAACUGUGCUGUUGUUGUUAUCAACGAGAUGGCCUCACGGUUCAAACCAUCGACGAGACCCAUGCUCCACGAGGUUAUUUCGGGGUUUACCUGGGACGCUGGCGUUACGACAAGAGUUCUUUUAUACUGGCAUUGGCUGCCGUGGGAGAUGCGAGAGACAACAAAAGGAAAGGGCGUUCGGAUUGCGGAGGUACAGAAGGUUGGUGGAAUGACACUUAUGGGGAGAUCGGCGAAGCGGAUUGUUCCCUUUACCGGUCUCCAGGAGUUUCUGGACGAGGAAUCUAUUUCCAUACCGUCCUCUAUGAAACAGAGUACGCCCCAUGGUGGCAUGGAAAAGCGGAAACUUGACGAGUUCGAUAGUACUCCGAGUCAUAGACCUAAGCUGGAGCCGACGAUCGAGAUCGUCAGUCCGGAUGCGGACGAUGACGAUGACGAAAUCCUCGAUCCAUUACCAGGUGCCACCGAGGAAGACUACGAAGUUCCAGAUAGCGAGAGCGAGUUCGACGUCGACGAAAUGAUAUCGAUCGGCUCCAGAACGCCGUCCAACCAAGUUGAACCGGAUGUGGAACUUCUUGUCCAGCAUCUCGACAACGAGGCAGUCUAUGAAUGACAUGACAUGACUGGAGCAAGAAGACUACAUACAGAGUUAACGAGCGCCAUGCAAAUGGUCUCCCAUACAAUGCGCCCUGGUGGUCUCAUCCAUUAUCAACAAGGCACAGGGCCACGAGGACAUUCUGGAGGCAUACGCUUGCAUGUGGGCUGCAAGGCUUGUUGCUGCAUGACAGAAAAGACUAAUAAUAGCCCUGCGGAAUCAUCGGCACUGGGACAAGACAAUUGAAUGCCAUACUCUCCUAUCACCGAAAAUAGUCCAGUGCUCCGAGAUGUUCCGUGGUCGUUUGCCUGACGGAUGGGAUCUUAAUUCUAGCAUUGCGCGUCCUCCUGGAUGUCUGUGAAUUGUUCGAUAUUGGAUGGUAUGACGGGGCUCAGCUCAGGACAGAUAGCGUGAGGAUAUAUAGAUUAUCUCGACUCUGUGCUCCGUAGUGACGGAGGAAAGGAUGGCUGAGGGGGCGAAUCCGGGGUAACUAGUAACAAAAAACGGUUGGGGUGGGCUCGGAGAAAGUCCAGAAUACGCCCGGAGACAACGCACAUUAUUAUCUUGAUG